AUGCACCUUUUCGGGACAUUGCAGAAUCAGUUUCUCCGUCGCCUCCUGAAACUCCCCAUGUGUGUGAGCAACGCAGCCAUACGUCUGGAGUUAAUGAUUGCAUCAUUGGAGACGGUCAUCUGGAAGCGAGUCUUUGGUUAUUGGCUGUCCAGCUGGCACAGGCUUCCCAACCAUUACCUUUUUCAGUGCCUCUGGCGGGACGACUUUGUCAAUCCGUGGGUAGGAAAAAUCCAUGCCAAACUUCUGAGCAUCGGAAUUUCCCCAGCGGACUCCUUAAAGAUGAACUUACGCUCAGCCAAAAGACUUAUUGAGCAGAGAUUAGCAGACAUUGAAAAUCAACACAACCUCGCCGGGGGUGACGGUGUCUGCUCCCCCAGGUAUCACGGAAUAACCCCACCACUUGGCCUUCCAUCAUACAUGUCAUCUCUUUCAUCUGUACCACACCGACAUGCAUUUAUUCGUGCAAGGUUCAAUGUCUUUCCAUCGAACCUGCUGAGCCAUAGAUUUUCCAAGGGUUUGGUGUCUCCGCUAUGCGUGUGUGACGGGAAAACUGUUGAUUCUCUCUCACAUAUAAUGUUCAACUGCCCCCUACAUAGCAUAGCCAGGACUAAAUUCCUGGGCCCUGCUCUACUGCGCUUGGUUGGCAGGCCUGCUGAGUCACAUGCCGCACUACUUUUGCAGGAUACAGAUCCUUCUGUAACUCUGCAGGUGGCGAGAUUCCUGAAUGCAGUUAUCUCACACACAAAAACAACAACAUCAAAAACUAAUCGGACAGUUUUGAAGAGAGUGCAUGUCGGAUCUCGUCUUCAGUUCUCCUUUUCUGGGAUCCGUCCCUUGGAGCUCUCCGGGCCCCAAGCUGUUAUCUGGCUCUGCUCAAUGACCCACCCCUGCAUCAUGGUGUUCACCUUCUGGUGCCGAAUAUAUUAGUUUUUAUGCCUCUGUGCUUUUAAGUUUGUACAUACUUUAUGGGCUAAUAGCCGUAAAUAAAUAAAUAAAUAAAUAAAUAAAGCCUUCUCUCACACACAGGAAGCUGCCUCGUGCUAAGUCAGAUUAUUGGUUGUUCUUGUUCAUUGUUGCCCACCUGGACUGGCAGCUGCUCUCCAGGCAGGAGUCUCUGCCAAGAAUCUGGGACCUUCCGCUUGCAAGGCAGAUUGCCUGCCACUGAGCGACGGCCCUUCAGAGUGAUACAUCAAUAUUGGUGAGAAAUAUGGGAUACCUCUGAGGCACAGAGAGUUCUUCCUUAAAAGGACCAGAGAGAGGGGCGGGAGAGUUUUUCAUGAAUAUGCCAUCAUAAAGAUACUUCUUGUGCCAGAUGUUAUCUUAGAAACUUGUUGUCAAAGCAUCAGCUUGUGAUCUGGUUAGCAGGCUACUUUUUUAAAAAGCAAAAAAGUCUGAAUUGGGGUCUGAACUUUAUCUUGUGGUCAGUGCAUUGCACACCCUAAUAUACAUAGGUUAGACUUGUCAAUAUUUAGUAAUUUGUUUUCUGCAGGUUUCCCAUUCACACAUGCGGUUUUGCAUUUACAGUUGACUGCAUGAAAGUAAGGGCCAGUGCACAUUGUGCUCGUUCCCCUUCCAAUCCCUGCAUGUGCACAAUAAAAGUCUGUGUAGAGUUUUUGUUGGGACUGGAAUUAUACUCAUCCUUUGUGAUUGAGCCACUCCUAGGGAAGGGCGGAUGGUUCAGUCUACUUCCAGUCUGUGUCACUUUCAAAUGUGUAUAAAUCUGUUCCAUCUGAUUUUGGCUUUAAUCUGUGUAUUAAAAAAAUCCAUCUGGAGUGGUAGCAAAUAAGUUGAAAGCUCUGUCAGUUUUCCUUCUUUUUCUCUUUCAGUUACUGCAAAAAUGCAAGAUACGGAUUGUGA